UACCUAGAUGGUUGUAGAGAGGGAGCUGACCACAAGCCGCAAAUCCCCGCCUACCCGACCCCCCUCCCCACCCCAUCCAAUGGAAAGUGAGUGAGUGAGUGAGUCCAGUCCACGUCCCUUUUCGACUGUGUCGCUGUGAUCGUGGGACGGCCUCAUCAUGUCGCGACGAAGGGCUACAGAAGAGUCCGACAAGUUGACUCGUAUCGCCAUUGUUAGCUCUGACAAAUGCAAACCAAAAAGAUGUCGCCAAGAGUGCAAAAAGUCAUGUCCUGUCGUACGAAUGGGUAAACUUUGCAUAGAAGUGUCUGUCAAUGAUAAAAUUGCUACUAUAUCAGAAGAGUUGUGCAUUGGCUGUGGUAUUUGUGUCAAGAAAUGUCCAUUUGAAGCUGUGAAUAUCAUCAAUCUCCCAAGUAAUCUAGAGAGAGACACAACUCACCGCUAUUCUGCAAAUUCUUUUAAGCUGCAUCGCUUGCCCAUUCCUCGUCCGGGUGAAGUGCUUGGUUUGGUUGGAACCAAUGGUAUAGGCAAAUCUACUGCACUGAAAAUCCUUGCUGGAAAGCAGAAACCUAAUUUAGGGCGAUAUGCUUCUCCUCCCGAUUGGCAAGAGAUUUUAAACCAUUUCCGUGGAUCUGAGCUGCAAAACUACUUCACUAAAAUUUUGGAAGACAACCUUAAGGCUCUCAUUAAACCUCAAUAUGUGGACCAAAUCCCAAAAGCCAUCAAGGGUACUGUGCAGGAACUUCUGGACAAGAAAGAUGAGCGCAAAAAUCAAAAUGAUAUUUGUGAUCUCUUGGAUCUGCAAAAGAUCCGCAGUCGCCAGAUUGAUGAAUUGUCAGGAGGAGAAUUGCAGCGAUUUGCAUGUGCCAUGGUUUGCAUUCAAGAUGGAGACAUAUUUAUGUUUGACGAGCCAUCUUCUUACUUGGAUGUGAAACAGCGGUUACGAGCUGCCGUUACUAUUCGGUCUCUUAUUCAAGCUGACAAGUUCAUCAUUGUGGUUGAGCAUGACCUUUCUGUGUUGGAUUAUCUUUCUGAUUUUAUUUGUUGUCUGUAUGGUGUUCCUGGAGGAUAUGGCGUGGUCACUAUGCCUUUCUCUGUUCGAGAAGGUAUUAACAUUUUCCUUGACGGGUUUGUACCAACUGAAAAUCUUCGUUUCCGGGAGGAAUCUCUUGUAUUCCGCGUUGCGGAAUCGGCAACUGAAGAGGAGGUGAAGAGAAUGAAUCAUUAUGAGUAUCCUCACAUGUGCAAACAAUUAGGAAAUUUCAAAAUGUCAGUGAACCAAGGACAGUUCACCGACUCUGAAAUUCUGGUUCUACUUGGAGAAAAUGGUACAGGCAAGACCACUUUCAUUAGAAUGCUUGCUGGAAAAAUUAAACCAGAUUCUGGUUCUGGAGAACUACCAGUUUUGCACAUCAGUUACAAGCCUCAGAAGAUUAGCCCAAAAUCACAGGGCAUCGUCCGCCAAUUGCUGCAUGAGAAGAUUCGGGAUGCUUACAUUCAUCCCCAAUUUAUUACAGAUGUGAUGAAGCCAAUGAAAAUUGAAGACAUCAUGGAUCAAGAAGUUCAGAACUUAUCUGGAGGAGAACUUCAAAGAGUAGCCCUCACCCUCUGCUUGGGGCAGCCUGCUGACGUCUACCUUGUGGAUGAGCCCUCUGCAUAUUUGGACUCAGAGCAGCGUCUUGUGGCAGCAAAGGUCAUCAAAAGGUUUAUUCUGCAUGCUAAGAAAACAGGAUUUGUGGUUGAGCACGACUUCAUUAUGGCAACUUAUUUGGCUGAUCGGGUCAUUGUAUUUGAGGGAUCCCCAUCAGUUGAUACUGUGGCACACAGUCCUCAAUCUCUUCUGAAUGGUAUGAAUCGCUUCUUGGAACUUUUGGGCAUCACUUUCCGCCGAGAUCCAAACAAUUUCAGACCUCGCAUCAACAAAAGCCAGUCUGUAAAGGAUGUGGAGCAGAAACGGGCUGGACAGUACUUCUUCUUAGAAGAAUAAUCCCAUGUGUAAGACCUUUUGCAAAUUUUAAAUGCUGUACCUGAUCUUCAUUCAGAAGUUGAUCAUGUUGUAUUUCAGGAAAAGUCAAAAUAUGCUUUGUGUAUAGUUCAUUAUUUCAUAACUUCUAAUUGGAAUGAAUUGGAAGUAAUAAGCAAGUGACACGCCAACCAUGUCAGUAUGCAGCUCAUGAUGAAAUUUGUAAAACAAUGUAGUUGUUUAUAUUUUUUAAACAAAAUCUAAAUGGCCAGAAGACUCUAUUUUAUUGUAAACCAACUGUUCUUUCAUUGUAUCCAUUCUGAUUUACUCAUUACGUUUUCUACAUGGUAACAUCAAAACUUUCUGCUGGUAACAGAAAACAAAUCAUUUGUUCAGAUUUUCUUUCAAUAAAUGUUAUGACUGGAUCAUA